UUGCCCAAGCUCAAGCUGCUCCCCGCUGGUGCCGUUGACCUCACUCUUGCCUUAGUGACAACAGCCCCUCUUCAGGUGCAUCCAAGCUAAAUUUCAGGAUUCCCGGGCCUUCUCUGCCCGUCUGACAAUACUCGCCUGGUCAUCUGCUCGGUGGCCCCGUGUGCUCCUCAUCACCCAUCAGCCACGCUUCCGGUGGACAACCGGCCGCCCUCGUCAUCUGCACCGCCAGUGCCUCAAUAACCACUGCUGAAGGCUCUCUCUUGUUGAGUCUCUCACAACCAAUACUGCCCUUCUGCUGGCGUUCUCGCCAGGACUCUCCCCGCCAUGGGACUAGCAUACAACGUGUACCUCGACUCAGACAGGAUCUACGGUUGCAAGGACUGUAAGACCCAUCUCUCGAACCAUGACGAUAUCAUCAGUCGGAACUUUCGAGGCCAGCACGGCAAAGCCUACCUCUUCGACUCGGUGGUCAACAUCAUCGAGAGCGAUCCGAGCGAGCGGAACAUGACAACCGGCCGCCAUGUCGUGCGGGACAUCCAGUGCCGGCAGUGCAAUGUCACGGUGGGCUGGAAGUACGACAAGGCCUACGAAGCGUCCGAGAAGUACAAGGAGGGCAAGUACAUCCUCGAGGCCGAGAUGCUCUGCUCAGUGUCGUAACGUGACGGAAUGGGGUUGUUAGUAGCUGGAAACACAGAGAAAUUGGCAUUUAGCCGCCCAUUGGCGUAUGGCAAGCAUCAGGACUGGAGUUUGGACAUGACAGGACACUCGUGGGAAUUUUUCAGGACACUCGGCAGGCAUGGGAGCUCUAGGAGUUAAUUGGAUGCUGAAUAUACCGUCAAUAUGAGUCGUCGGUCGAUUGUGCGGCCUCUUCUGAGCAAUGGGACGACGAGAGGCUGCAGGUACAGCAUAUGGCAUGGUAGGUAGGAGGUAGUUUGAUUUGUCAAGCCCA